AUGGCUACUGGCUGGGAUCUUUACGCGGUGGUGAGGAGUUGUUCGUCCACCAUCAACACGGCCAGCUCCGCCGUAGGAAGCAACCGGUCCUCAAAAGGGAAUGGCAGCGGUUGCCACGAGGACCCUUUGGCUUGUUUGGCUUCGUCGAUGUUCGAGGAAGAAGAUGGCCCGUUUGCACUUCCUACUCUAAGUAAAAGUGGUUCUUUGCAAGAUUCUCACGAACCCUUGUUGAUACACGCCGACCCCACCCCCAUGGGCAUUAAUCGAGCCAUAGAUCCGAGCUUUUCGAGACCUGUUAACGGAGGAUCCAGUAGCGAACAUCAUCAGAUAAACAGCAGCAGCAGCAGCAGCAGCUUUCAACAGCAUGAGGUUCCAACACCAAGAAAGAGGAAGAAUCAGAAGAGAACCGUUUUCCAUGUAACGGGUGAGAAUUUAUCUUCAGAUCAAUGGUCAUGGCGAAAAUACGGACAAAAGCCCAUCAAAGGCUCCCCCUAUCCAAGACACUACUACCGAUGCAGUAGCUCAAAAGGGUGCUCAGCGAGGAAACAAGUCGAGCGUAGCAAUUUCGAACCCGACACCUUUAUCGUUACCUACACGGGCGACCACACUCACUCUUGGCCCACUUACCGGAACUCGCUCGCCGGAAAUUCUCGAGACAACAGGUUAUCGACUAUUCGAAAGGUCGCUAAUGCUUCCUCCACCUCUUUGAUCUCUCCAACGACACCACUUUCGGCUUUUGAAGACGGCGGCAACGUGCAUAACACGGGUGAUAGUGGAGAUAAAGAAGGUGAAACCGUGAACAACAUGGCUCUUCAAACGUCUCCCGACGCAGAGAACGAUGAUGAUAAUGAUGUUAUUUUGAUCCCCAACGUGCAUGUUAAUGAAGAUCUUUUCAAUGGGUUGGGAGAACUCAUUGGCGGUGCUGGCGGUGGCAGUAAUAGUAUUUGUAGUGGAUUAGAACCCAACUGGCCAGCCUUCCGUGGUCACUUUCCUUCUCAGGAUACCGGCAACUCUGCCUCAAGCGCCGGAGCCCCCGCUGGUCGUGAGUGA